UGAUAUAAUCAUAUGGAUAUACAUACAGGGAUAAGACAAAGUCAUAUACUAGAAUCUUUAUGAAAGACAGAGUAGAAUUAUUUUAGUUUUUCUAUUGAUAAAUCGGAAAGUCAUGAUCGAUGACAUCACACCAGCAAGCGUAUAAAUACGCGUAUAACUCUCGAUAACAGUUGGACUUGUCUCGGCUUGUGGUGAGAAGUACAUAGCGGUCUAGCUAUGCUUUCGCAUAAUUUACUUAUUAACACCGGGAACAUACUCUCCCUGAGUGAAGCCAGGCAGAAAGCGAGCCAAAAUUCCACAGAUGAGUUGAUUGAGACAUUAAAAAUUAUCUUAAAUGACAAACAAAGCAAGGGAGAUGGUACAACAGUUAUUAAUGGAAAGGAGGAUACAAGUUUACAGGAUGUGGAUAGAAAAGACUUAAAGGUUACUGUUAAAAUAUUUAUCUCUUCGCCUAAUGUUGAUUCGUUAAAAGAAGCAUUGGACCAAGCAUUUAAAGCAUUACAUACGAAUACUAUAGAGUCUUUAGUGAUAGCUUACAAAAGUAUUGAAAAUCCAGAAGAUAUGUUGUCAUCGUUAAAAUGUAUAUGGUCUGUAAUAGAAGAUUAUAUAAAAGUUGACAAAUUAUCAAGUGUUGGAUUAAGUGACAUAAAUACAAAUACAUUCAUUGAAUUGUUUCAGUGGGCCAAUAUAAAGCCAAAUAUUGUACAAAUUAAUUUAGCCACAUGUUGUGUGGUACCACCAGCAUUGCAAGCAUUUACUAAGGAAAAUGAUAUUCAGUUGCUAACCCACAGUGAUCCAUGUCAAAUCCUGCCUCAAGAAGUACUAGAAGAUAUAUUUGGUAGCGCUGCUCAUUUGCAUUGGCUGAUAAGAUAUCAGAUACAUUUAAAAUGUCGUGGUAUUUUAUCAUCAAAAGGAUAUUUACUGCAUAUUAAUAAGUCAAAUAUUAAUCCUUAACAUUGCUAGUAGGAAACUAACACGAUGCGAAUGUGGAACUGUCCAGUAGUGUUGGGUAUAAGCGAUCGUUAGAAUUGAAAUGUGGAAGCCAAAGUAUUAAGAGAAAUGAAUGUGUCAUAUAAUAUUACGGUAUUAUUAUUAAGACAGUGAAUGCAUUUUCAACUUUUUUUAAACGCAAAUAAGUAAUAGUAACGUUGAGAAUAAAAACGAGUUAUGCGAAUACAUGGAUCAAUAUAUGUGAGUAUAUGUACAUGCAAAUUAUAUUAUGUACGAAAUGACAA